AUGGAAUUGUGCUUGGUGUCUGUACAAUGGAGAAUGAUUCUUGGCGACAGAUUGAGUGCUUGUUUCCCUACAAAUCUUUAUCAAAGGAUCGUGGUGAACGGUGCUGUUCAUUGGUUGGUGAGUAAGGUUGCAGAUGGAACAUUGGUGAUUAUGUCUUUCCUUUUAGUAGAGGAGGAGGUUAGGGAAAUUCCACUACCGCCCAUUCCCAGUACUCUUUCAAGUCGACUAGGGGUAUUCAGAAAUUGGCUAUGUAUAACACUAGUAUCAGAAUGGAAUGCAGGAGAAACAUUUAAUGAGUUUUGGGUCAUGAAGGAAUAUGGAGUGAGGGAAUCUUGGACUAAAAUGCAGGUAUGCAAACCAUAUCACGAAUUAUCACAUUCCGGUUUCUGUACAGAGUCUCAUGAUCUGAUGGUGUUUGAUGAAUUGUCAUUAGUUAUGUACAAUUUUAAUGAUGGAACAUUUUGGAAUCUAUCAAUUGGUGAUCUUAGCGAAAAUGGUCGUUUUGGUAGCGUUGGUAUCUAUGUGGAGAGCUUACCCUACACUCACCGAUCAAGAUCAGCGUAA